AUGACUCGCCCCAUCCAGGUGAAACCGGCCGACAGCGAGAGCCGUGGAGAGGACAGGAAGUUGUUUGUGGGGAUGCUGAACAAACAACAGACCGAGGAGGACGUCUAUCGCCUAUUCGAACCCUACGGAGUCAUCGAGGAGUGCACGGUUCUAAGAGGUCCCGAUGGCAACAGCAAAGGUUGCGCCUUUGUCAAGUUCUCCACACACACCGAGGCUCAGUCAGCAAUUGGCGCCCUACACGGAAGUCAGACAAUGCCAGGCGCCUCCUCCAGCCUGGUGGUCAAGUUCGCCGACACAGACAAGGAGCGCACCAUCAGACGCAUGCAGCAGAUGGUCGGCCAGUUUGGCAUCUUCAACCCCGCCAUUGCCCUUCCCUUCAGCACCUACAGCUCUUACGCACAUGCGCUCAUGCAGCAGCAGGCGGCCAUCAUGGCAGCCAGCCACGGCGGUUACCUGACGCCGAGUGUGGCCGCCUUCCCCGCCACGCAGAUCCAUCAGAUGGGGGCGCUCAACAUCAACAGCCUGCCACCCACUCCCAUGACCCCGGUGUCGGGUGAGUUUCAUCAAGCCUUGGGCCUGAGUUCUCCACCAGCCAACAUCACCACCUCCGCCGUGCCCAGCAUCGUCACGCCCAUCGUCAAUGGAUUCACCGGCAUCCCUCAUCAGCCCAACGGACACCCUGCCGUGGAGACGGUCUACACCAAUGGCCUGCCGCCUUACUCCACCCAGAGCCCCACCGCCGCCGACACCCUGCAGCAAGCCUUCACCGGUGUACAGCAAUACACAGCGAUCUACCCGGCCACCACGCUGACUCCCAUUGGCCAGACGCUGCCUCAAGCGCCCCAGGUCAUCCAGCAGCAGCAGCAGCAGCAGCAGAGAGAAGGUGAGGGUCCGGAGGGCUGUAACCUGUUCAUCUACCACCUGCCGCAGGAGUUUGGAGACAACGAACUCAUGCAGAUGUUUCUGCCCUUCGGCACCGUCAUCUCAUCCAAGGUUUUCAUGGACCGGGCGACUAACCAGAGCAAGUGUUUCGGCUUUGUGAGCUUCGACAACCCCGCCAGCGCGCAAGCAGCUAUCCAGGCCAUGAACGGCUUUCAGAUUGGCAUGAAAAGGUUGAAAGUCCAGCUAAAGAGACCGAAGGAUGCCAGCCGCCCUUACUGACACAGCCUAUCUUUAGUAUUCACCGCAGCAGCAGCAGCAGCAGCAGCACAGGUUUUAGACGACACGUGAAGAUAUUUCGGAGGGGCUUAUCUCUUCUCUUUUUCUUUUUUUUUUCCUCGGAAAGCAACAUAUGUUGUUGUUUUUUGUUUUUUUGUUUUUUUUUAAUGAACACGUAAGGAUUCUUUGGGGGGGAGAGAGACAUAUCAGCAUUUACUUAUGAAGACUUAAGUUGUGUCGGAACGAGACGAGGAGGCUCGUCGUCGGGGGAUGCUAACAGAUGGCACAGUGCGAGAAAGGAAGAAAAAAAACUGGAAGAAAAAAAAAGAAUCGAAAAAAAGACUUGAUCAACAGAACUUUUUUUUUCUUGUUGAGACUUGAAUUGUUAAUGAAGCAACAAACUAACAAACAGGAAAAAAGCAGCAACGACAAAUAGAUUUCUAUACGUAUUACAUAUUCUAUACACAUAUAUAUAAAUGAGAGAUGCGCUUGUGGCUUUUACUGCUCCUUGGACAAAUGAGGGUUCACAAAGGCGAAGACGGGGAAACGGAAAAAGGCCGUCUUUCUUCUUCACCCUCUUUUUCUCGUGUCGUCACGCAGCAAGCGCAGCGCCACCAGCCCCGGAGGAGGUCACUGAGGUUUCCGUUAGCGACAGUACAACUGAGAAUCUUUCACCCCGAAAAGGGACCAAAGGACCAAACACAUUUGUAUUGUUCUGAAUCAGUAAUGCAUCGUAUUCAUUCAUGAGACUACCGUACUACUAAUGACAUUAAGGAGAAAAUUAGCUUCAGGUUGCAAGAAAGA